AUGCCUAAAGUUAGAAUUCACGUCGCCAUAGUGGGAGCCGGUCUAGGUGGCCUGGCUACUGCGAUUGGCAUUGCAAAAGCCGGACACAAGGUCACCCUACUCGAACAAGCCCCUGAGCUAGGAGAGAUCGGAGCAGGAAUUCAGAUCCCUCCCAAUGCGUCCCUAGUACUGAAGCAAUGGAACCUUUUGGACGAAAUAGAAACGGUCUCUGUGCGCCCGAAAGAUUUUAUCCUUCGUUCGUACCGGGACGGAAAGGUGCUGUCUGUCCAGAAUGUCCUUCCAUAUACCGAAAACCAAUAUGGCACGCCGUAUCUUCACAUCCACAGAGCAGAUUAUCACAGGAUCCUCCUGAAGGAAGCGAUAAGGCAGGGGGUAGAGAUCUUACUCGAUUCGACGGUUAUCGGAGUGGACUUUGGAAAACCCGCAGUUCACCUGAAAGGGAAACCUGAUUUCCAUGCCGACGUCAUAUUCGGCGCCGACGGUCUAAAGUCAGCGUGUCGAGAAGCUCUUCUUGGCCAUCCGGAUCCGCCUCGCCUGACGGGGGAUCUGGCAUACCGAAUCAUCGUAAAGGCCGAAGAUAUGAGAAAGCAUCCCGAACUCUCAGAAUUUCUUGAACAGCCAUGCAUCAACUACUGGAUGGGCCCAGAUGCCCAUGCAGUGUGCUAUUUCCUCCAGGGUGGCGGCCUGUACAAUAUCGUCUUAAUCUGUCCGGAUAACCUACCCGAGCUCGUGCAUAUCGCACAGGCGGAUCUGGAAGAAAUGCGGACAUUCUUCGAGAAAUGGGAUCCACGACUGAAGGUAAUCCUUGAUUUGGUUCAAGAAACCAAGAAAUGGAGGUUACAGAACAGUGAAGAAAUGGCAUCGUGGUGCCAUCCGAGCGGAAAGUUUGCCUUGCUGGGCGAUGCCUGCCAUGCAACCCUUCCAUACCUAGCCCAAGGCGCCGCGCAAGCCGUCGAAGAUGGAGCAGUCCUGGGAGCCAUGUUUGAGCAAAUUGAAGACAAGUCACAAUUGAGCGACCUUCUAGCCAUCUAUGAAAGGGUUCGGAAGUCGAGAACAACCCGAGUAGUCCGUGGAAGCACCGCUCUCCGAGAUAUCUUCCAUAUGCAUGACGGUCCUGGCCAGGAGGAGCGCGAUAGGGUAUUGCUGAAUGAGACACCGUUCGAAGGGUUCCCCAACCGCUGGGCUGAUCCAGUCUUCCAGCGGUUCCUGUUUGGGUAUGAUGCACGUGCGGAAGGCAUGCGGGCAUGGAACGAGUAUAAGAACGGAAAGUCUCCCGAGGCCGUAAAUGGUUUCGAAUCUCGACUAUAA